AUUCAAAUUGCUAGUGAGCUAUUUUGCGUGGAAGUCGAUUGUGAAAAAUUGUGACAGAUACAAAAAUUAAUAUUUUGCGGAUCAAGAAGGAUAGUCUGGCCAAUGUUUUUAUCAUAGAUAGUGAAUUAAGUGUAUAUAAAAGAUGAUUCUGUUAGAAAUUAAUAACCGAACGGUGGAAGAAACACUCCUUUUGAAGUUUAAAAAUGCUUUGGCUGGCCACAAACCUGAAUCGAUUGAUGUCACAGUAGCCGAUUUUGAUGGUGUACUUUUCCAUAUUUCUAAUAUUAAGGGUGAUAAAACCAAAAUUAGAACAAGUAUAUCGUUAAAGUUUUACAAAGAGCUGCAAGAACAUGGAGCUGAUGAAUUAUUAAAACGAGAAUAUGGAAGUUUGCUCACCGAUACUGAAGAUGGCUUCAAUGUAUCAGUCCUGAUUGAUUUAGAAAAUAUACCCGACAACUAUGAAGAUAUUGCUCAAAAAAUCGGCCUCUUAAAACGUAAUUGUUUUGCAUCCGUAUUCGAAAAGUAUUUUGACUUCCAAGAGCAAGGAUUAGAAGGUGACAAGCGUGCUGUUAUUCAUUAUCGUAAUGAGGAGACAAUGUAUGUGGAAGCAAAACCAGAUCGUGUCACUGUUGUGUUUAGUACGAUUUUUAAGGAUGACGAUGAUGUCAUUUUGGGAAAAGUUUUCAUGCAAGAACUUCGUGAAGGAAGGAGAGCCUCACAUACUGCUCCACAAGUUCUCUUCUCUCAUCGCGAGCCACCAUUAGAACUAGCAAAUACAGAUGCUCGCAUAGGCGAUAAUAUCGGUUAUGUGACUUUUGUACUUUUUCCACGACACACCAACAAAGAAACUCGUGAUAAUACAAUAAAUUUAAUUCAUAUGUUCCGUGACUACUUGCAUUAUCAUAUAAAGUGUUCUAAGGCCUACAUUCAUUCGAGAAUGCGUGCAAAAACAUCUGAUUUCCUAAAAGUUCUCAACCGUGCUAGACCAGAACAAAAAACAAUUGAAAAGAAAACAAUCACGGGAAAGACGUUCAUUAGAAAAGAAUGAUUGAUGCCCAUAGCUGACUUAGAAUCAGCAACAAAAUGAAAAUUCAAUAAUCGUUUUACAAAUUAACUUCACCUCUGCCGUAAGUUUCAAAAACUUUAAAAAUAAUAGAAAAGUAAAAUAGAUUUCUUUCAUAUUAAAAUAAUACAAAAUUUUAACUCUCACAUAGAGAUAAUUUAUAAAGUGUAGAACGCAAAAUCACAAUGAAACGAAAUAUUUUACAUUAAACGCAUUAAACACAUAAAAUCAGAAAUUUUUUCCUCAUAAUUUUUCUUCAUUGUCGAUGGAAAACUUUGAUCAUGUGGGAUCUAAUAAAAACGAAAAGAUUCUUUUGCAAAAACAAAAAAAUUUUGCUCUCAAUAUCGUCAACCUUUGUUCCGGAAAAUUUCUUGUCUAAAAAAUGUCAAGAUUCUAUUAACAUGUAGAAAG